GGGGAGUCAGGAGCCUGGAGUCGUGCGCCGGAGUCAGAACUGCGUCUCCCGACCCAGGCGCCGGUCGCUGAAGGAGAGCGAGCGAGCGAGCGAUGCUUCCGUCGCCGUUUCCUGAUUGGCUGCGCGUGGAUCCCUCUUCGUUCUGAUUGGCAGCGGGUAAGCUAGAUGAUGCUGAGCAAAGGUCUGAAGCGCAAGCGGGAGGAGGAGCAGGAGAAGGAAAGCCUGGCAGUGGAUGCCUGGUGGCUGGAUCCCAGCCUCCCAGCAGUGGCACAGGCCCCCCCGGCCGCGGCCUCCAGUUCCCUCUUUGACCUUUCGGUGCUCAAGCUCCACCACAGCCUGCGGCAGAGCGAGCCGGACCUGCGGCACCUGGUUCUGGUAGUGAACACGCUGCGGCGCAUCCAGGCGUCCAUGGCGCCCGAACCGACCCUGCCACCUGUGCCCAGCCCACCUGCGGCCCCUUGUGUGGCUGAGAGCCUGCUGGCCAGCUCCGACGCCGCCCUCUCGGCCUCCAUGGCCAGCCUGCUGGAGGACCUCAGCCAUAUCGAGGGCCUGAGCCAGGCCCCCCAGCCCUUGGUGGAUGAGGGGCCCCUAGGCCGCCCCACGGGGGGAUCCCCCCCCAGCCUGGGUGCCUUGGACCUGCUGGGCCCAGCCACUGGCUGUCUGCUGGACAAUGAGCUUGAGGGCCUGUUUGAGGACAUAGACACCUCUAUGUAUGACAGUGAACUUUGGGCACCAGCCUCCGAGGGCCUCAAACCUGGCCCUGAGGAUGGGCCUGGCAAGGAGGAGGCUCUGGAGCUCGAUGAGGCCGAACUGGACUACCUCCUGGACGUGUUGGUGGGCACACAGGCCCUGGAGCGGCCGCCGGGUCCGGGGCGCUGACCCCCACAGCGGGGAUGAUGGUCUGGUGUCCAAACUGAGCCUGGUGGCUGGACCAACUCUCCUUGGAAAGACACAGCUGGCUUCCCUAGAACAGAGAGAGGGGCUUUGGAGAGACAGAAUCCAGUCCUGAGCCACUCCACCUCCGUCCUCUUGUCUAGGACUCAUGAGGGGAAUCUGGGAUUGGCCCUGGGGAUGGGAGGAUAGGGCCUGGUGGCUGGAAGGGGAUUAGGACCAGGCCCUGUGCUGGACUGAAUCCCCAGGCGUUGGAUCCUGGGAGACGCUUUCCCCUGAUGUGGGAAGAGACCGCACCAUUUUAUGGAAAUUAAAACCAGUCCUGGGAAAUUUCAA